AUGCUUGCUCAAGAGAAAUCCCAAAAGAUAUACCCGACAUUUGCCGAGGUAGUGGAGGAGCUAAAGAGAAUGGUGGACAUAGGAUUUCCAAUAGCAGCCAUGAGCCUAGUAGGAUACCUCAAAAACAUGAUCUUAGUUGUAUGCAUGGGAAAGUUGGGAAGCCUUGAGUUAGCAAGUGGUGCUUUAGCCAUAGGCUUCACCAACAUAACCGGUUACUCAGUCCUUUCAGGUCUAGCCAUGGGAAUGGAGCCUCUAUGUACUCAAGCUAUUGGUUCACAAAACUUCUCCUUAGUCUCUCUCAUAUUAAGAAGAACAAUCCUCAUGUUAUUAGUAGCUUCCUUACCUAUUUCACUCUUGUGGCUCAAUCUCGAACCAUUCAUGCUAUGCCUUCAUCAAAGUCAAGACAUAACAAGAAUAGCAAGCUUAUAUUGCCGCCUCUCGAUUCCCGAUCUCAUAGCGAAUAGCUUCCUUCACCCGAUUCGAAUCUAUUUACGCAGCAAAGGUACAACUUGGCCCCUAUUGUGGUGCACUUCACUUUCAAUUCUCAUUCACAUCCCUUUUGUCAUUUUUUUAACCUUCAAACUUCACCUUGGUGUACAAGGUAUUGCUAUUUCAGCUUUUGUUGCAAAUUUCAACACCCUUUUCUUUCUUUUAUCAUACAUGUUCUACAUGCAUGUCUCAAAGGUUUCAAUCUCCAUACCUAACCCUACCCCUCCCUUGUUACAAGAAAAACCAACAAGUGUUAAAACCCUAGGAAAAGAAUGGAGUAUGUUAAUAAGGUUUUCCAUUCAAAGUUGCCUUGGAGUAUGCUUAGAAUGGUGGUGGUAUGAAUUCAUGACAAUUCUAGCUGGUUACCUUUAUAACCCUCGUGUAGCUUUAGCUACGGCUGGAAUAGUGAUACAAACAACAUCACUUAUGUACACUUUACCGACGGCACUAAGUGCGUCGGUAUCAACAAGAGUAGGAAAUGAACUUGGAGCUGGUCAACCAUCAAAGGCAAAUCUAUCAACCAUGGUAGCAAUUGGAAUGGCACUAGCAAGUUCAACUUUGGGACUAUUAUGGACAACAUUAGGGAGAGAAAAAUGGGGGAAGGUGUUCACAAAUGACAAAGAGAUUUUGGAGUUGACAAUGGUUGUUUUACCUAUAAUUGGUGUUUGUGAGUUAGCAAAUUGUCCACAAACAACAAGUUGUGGAAUACUUAGAGGGAGUGCAAGGCCAGGUAUUGGGGCAGGGAUAAAUUUUUAUUCAUUUUAUCUUGUGGGGGCGCCAAUAGGAAUAGUGUUGGGGUUUGUUUUGAAAUUAGGUUUGGUGGGGUUUUGUUAUGGUUUGUUGGCAGCACAAAUUGCAUGUGUUGUUUCAAUUCUAGUUGUGGUAUAUAACACUGAUUGGGAAAGAGAGUCAUUGAAGGCAAAAAACUUGGUGGGUAAAGGUGGUUCAUGUGACACAUUAUUUGCACAUGUUGUUGUUGAAGACCAAACAGUCAAAUGUGAGCAAGGUAUUGUCUUUCUCAAUGACAACAAGUGA